GUCCAUGUUGAUGUCACAGCAAAGAUCAUAAACAGAAGAAGUCGUGAGUUGUUCAGUCUCUUCUUUCCUUUCUGGCAGUAGUAGAUUUUCUGGCAAAUUGGUUUGGACAAUGGAGCAAGGGAGAGUUGAGAAAGCACAUCAUAUUGUGGUGCUAGCAGAUCAGGGACAGGGCCAUAUUAAUCCAAUGCUCCAAUUCUCAAAACGCUUGGCUUCCAAAGGAAUCAAAAUCACUGUAGCCACCACACUCUCCAAUGCCAAGGCCAUGAAAGCUGCUUUUUCCGACUCCAUGAUCACUUUUGAAUCUAUCUACGAUGAUUGCUCCGAAGGUGGGGUGGUAGGACCUGGAGGUUUUAAAGGAUUUCUAGACAGAUUCCAAGCCAGUGGCUCAACAAACCUCACUAAAUUCAUCUCGGAUCAAGUGCAUACUGAACGCCCUGUAAAGUGCCUUGUUUAUGAUGCUAACAUUUCCUGGGCUUCCAAUAUUACAACCCAAUUGGGCAUAGCUGGCGCGGCCUUUUUCACUCAGUCAUGUGCUACUGCUGCUACCUACUAUCCCAUGUACUGUGAGGUUUAUGAGAAGACUCCUCCUUCCAUGCCUAGUUUUCCGGUCAUGACAGGAUUGCCCAAGCUCAGGUUUCCGAAUCUGCCAUCUCUUGGCUGUAGCGCUGGUCGUUAUCCCCCAAUAAUCAUGCACAUACUUGGCCAGUUUGACAACUUUGAAAAGGCAGACUGGGUCCUCUUUAACUCAUUCGAUAAGUUGGAAGAAGAGGUUGUCGAUUGGAUGAAGAAACUUUGGAAUGCAGUAACGAUAGGUCCAACGUUGCCAUCAUUUUAUCUUGACAAACGAGUUGAAAAUGAUAACGAGUAUGGCUUCAAUGUUCAUAAGCCAAAUUCCAGCAAGUGCAUGGAGUGGCUUGACAAUAAGAAGACUGGAUCGGUCGUCUACGUCUCUUUUGGAAGUGCAGCAAAUUUGAGCACAGAACAAAUAACAGAAGUAGCUGAUGCGCUCAGGCAAAGCAACGUUAUGUUCUUAUGGGUGGUGAAACCAGAUGAACAGAGAAAUCUUCCCAGCGAUUUCACCAGAAAGACAUCAGGUAAGGGAUUGGUUGUGACAUGGUGCUCACAAUUAGCGAUACUAGCACAUCAUGCAAUUGGAUGCUUCAUAUCACACUGCGGAUGGAACUCAACCUUAGAAGCAAUAAGCUUCGGUGUUCCCAUAGUUGCAGUGCCUCAAAUUUUAGACCAAAUAAUCAAUGCGCAUUUUCUAGAGAGAGUUUGGGGCGUGGGAUUGAUAGCAAAAGCAAAUGAGGGCGAUAAAGGCGUUACUGCAAGUGAGGAGAUAUGCAGGUGCAUCAAGGAGGUUUUAAGGGGGGAGAGAGGGCAAGAAAUUAGAAAGAAUAUAACUAGCUUGAAAGAAUUGGCUAAGGAGGCCAUCGACACAAGUGGAAGUUCAGACAAACAUAUCGAUGAGUUCAUUGCACAGCUUGAUCCUGCCUACUUGAGACAGAGAUCAAACUGCAACUGAAAUUUUACAAUUUAUCGGACUUGCAUUGUAGGGAUUUGAGAGCUCUGAUCUCAUUACACUAUUUUGCUACCUUACAUCUCAGUAGAGCUAGAGCUAGUCCCAUCCUUCUUCUCCACAAUUUUUGGGAUACUAGCAAGCCCCACAAACAACUUUACGUGCUUGACCAGAUGGGGGAGAUCACGUACCUUUGUCACCCACUUGGGCUUCACUUGGGAAAAUACUCCAAUACUAUUACGGUUCGUUUGGUUUGAAAGCAAGUUAUGCUGGAAUUAGUUAUGUUAUGAUAAGUUAUGAUGAAAUUAUUUCUUAUUGA